AUCAUUAAUGAUUAUUGAUUAAAUUGAAUAAAUAAGAAUAUUGCAUAUCAAUGUCAUACACUUCAAUUCAAUUUCGUUCCAACUUCGUAGGUAUGCUCUUUCCAUUUCGAAAUCUAUUCAUAGUAUAGAUAAAAAGUUUUGCCUUACUGAUCCCUGCAACCGGACUCAGAUCCAGAAGCGAAGCGGAGUGCUAGAUUAUUAUCAACAAAUUAUUAUAAAAAACAGUACGUAAAUCAUGAUUUCAAAAAAAACUUGAGCGAUCGGUAGUAAAAGCAAAUUCUCUCUACUCUGGAAGCCAAGAUAUGAUUCGAACUGCGACCUCCCAUGUAGCCAAACUACGCCAAACUAAGCUAGCUACUCAUCGUAUGAUCGUAAAACAGUAGUAAACUUUACUACGAAUUUCUGUUGCACUGUUGCCGUUCCGCCCAAAUUUCUUUUCCGCCGCCUGAACGAGUCAAGACUCAGACUGUCAAGAGUCAAACUAUCUUUCCAUGUGCUGCUUUGAUUGAUGUAUGUGUGAUUAAGAUAAGAUUCGAUAUAAGUUGUCAUAAAAAAAUUGAUGAAUAUUUAAUUCUUCCCUGGCGUAAGUAUUUGAUAUUUUUGUAGUGAUGAAAGCUAACGCUAAGAAAGCUUAUGAAGAGGGUCAUAGAAAAUGUGUUGGAUGUGGAAGAGUGGGUUAUAGCGGCCUUUUCAGCAUUCCGCAUGAACCGAAUUUAAGAAAUCUUUGGUUAAAAGCAUGCGGUAUUGAUGAAUCGACUAAUAUAGCCAAGGGAACAAAAUUAUGUGAAAAGCAUUUUACCGAGGAUGAUUUUGUUCCCUGCGAUGAAGGAAAACGAAAGUAUUUGAAGAAAGAUGCCAUUCCAAGCAUUAAAGUCGAUCCAGAACAAUUCAACAAUCAUCGAAGCGAUUAUCAAUUUCAUUGUUUUGUAUGUGGUACGGUGUCUGGUAUAAAACAUUCUUAUCAUAGGAUUCCUCUAGAUCCCAACAUUAGAGAGCAAUGGCUUAGAAAUGUUGGUAUAAACAUUGGCGCUUUCAACACAACCCCUCCAAGCAUAAAACUAUGCGAUUCUCAUUUUAGUAGAGACGACUUGUUAGUGCAUCCACAAUCGAAAAUACGCAGAUUACGAAAAGGUGCGCUGCCUUUCGCGAUAAAGCAAAAAGAACCAUCGAAAUCGAAAAUCUUUAAAGUCAACUCCUCUAAAACCUCAUCUGCAAAAUCCAAAGCAGUUGUUGCCGUUUCAAAUACGGAGAACAUUUCAUGGGUACCUGAGAAAUCUUCUUUGAGAAAAGAAACCGUCAUUCCUAUUAUUGACUUGACUUCUUUCUCGAAGAAAGGCGAUGUUAUUCUCUCUAUAGACUUGACUUCAGAAGAUGACGCACAUGCGAAUUCUGAAUCUGUACCAGAAGGAAAACAGGAACGUAUUCGUCUCCAAAAAAAGGAAAAAGUUCGACCGGAGAAAGAAUUGACAUAUUCUCAAGAACCAUUGGAAUCAAAAAUCUUAAAAGCGACUUCUUCUACAUCAUCUCAGGAAUCCAAAACUGUCGUCGCUUCAAGUACAAAAGACUUUUCCGAUAAGAAAGCACCCGAUCAUUCCACUAUAUCUUCGAAAAAGAAAAGCGUUUUUCAUAUUGUAGACUCGACUUUGGAAGAUGUCGAAGAACCAAAACCUCCUGAGUCUGACCUGAAAAAAAAACGAAAACGCAUUCGUCAGCUGAAAGAGAAGAAAGUUCGACUGGAUAACGAAUUGACAGAUUCUCAAGAACUAUUGGAAUCGAAAAUCUCAAAAACGACUUCUAAAACACUGUCUCAGACAUCCAAAACUGUCUCCGUUUCAAGUACUGAAUACGUUUCCGAAGACGUUUCUCUCGUUGAAGAGUCCUCCAAUUUGGAAGACGUCCAAGAUCCUCUUCAAUCGAAAUUGGAUAAAAAGAAGAGACGUAUUGGUCGUUUAAAAGAGAAAAUCUCUCACUUCGAGAAAGAAGCAGCUGAGUGCAGAACUCUGCUCAACGACCUGCUUACAAAAAAAUUAGUAACAAAAGAAGGGAGAAAGAUGAUCAAAAAAUACAUACGAAACGUGGAAGCAACAUGAAGUGACAGCGAUUGAUCGAUGCUGUAAUGUACAAAAUCCUUUAUCCUUACGUAUUUUUUUAAAAUGUGCGAUGCUCUUUUGUUUUACUACUUUUUAUAUUUAUUAUUUGCUGUUUGCCAAUAAUGAAUUUAUAGAAAGGUAUUAUUUAAGUUAAUGUGAUUUGCUAUACGAAUUACGAAAUCAUCAUAAUUGUAUAAGAUUACUGUGAUCGUUAAAGAUAAUCAUUUCGUUUAACGUUAGGAGUCGAUGUUAUAUUUUUAAUCCACAUUUUUAUUCUUGUUUUGUUUUAUUCUGUUUUAUAUUUUUAUAUAAAUAACUGUUUUAAAAUAAAUGAAUUAAAUUUACGAAACAGUAACUUGUUCAU